AAUUGUCACUCCCGUAAGUAAGUUAAACUUUCGAGUCUGGAGCCAUCAGACUUUGAAGUCUGAUGUGCUGCUGGGAAGUGCUACCCUGGAUAUCCAUGAGACUCUGAAAUCCAACAGCAUGAAACUUGAGCAGGUAGUGGCGACAUUGCAACUGGCUGGUGACAGAGAGCCAGCAGAAGUUGUGGGAGAUCUGUCAGUCUGUCUGGAUGGGAUGCAGGUGGAUCCUGAGCUCCUCACCAAUGGAGAAGCCUCAAGUACAAGAAGUCCUACACAGAGUGAGAGCUCCAAAGGGAGGAGUGAGACACGGACCAACUCCAAUGGCCUUGAAACCUGUGAAGAUGCUGCUUCCAGUGAAAACAAGACUGUUAAUGGCAGUGACUCUCCACUGCUCACAAAUGGAAACUGCAAACCUGCCAGACCCCCCAGGCCUGCCAGGCCUCCACCCCCCACACCCCGCAGACCCCCCUCAGUCGCUGCAACUGCAAAUGGUCCUUCCUCCACCUCCACAGAAAGUGAUGGGGCCAGUGCAGGAUCGCUGGCAGGAACAGCCUCAAACACCCCUUCAGAGCAGAGCCCUGAGGGGGCAACAGCUGCCACCACAGCUCCUGCCACUCCUGCACUCACCACUCCUCCAGUGUCCAGACAAGUCCAGCCAGUAAAUCCUUCACCUCAGACACCUACCACAGUGAGCCAAGGUCCUCUUCCACCUGGCUGGGAACAAAGAGUAGACCAGCAUGGUCGAGUGUACUAUGUAGAUCAUGUGGAGAAAAGGACAACGUGGGAUCGGCCAGAGCCUCUUCCCCCAAGCUGGGAGAGAAGAGUGGACAAUAUGGGGAGGAUUUAUUACGUUGACCACUUCACCAGAACCACAACGUGGCAGAGGCCAACACUGGAGUCAGUCCGGAAUUAUGAGCAAUGGCAGCUGCAGCGCAGUCAGCUCCAGGGAGCAAUGCAGCAGUUCAACCAGAGGUUCAUUUAUGGGAACCAGGACUUUUCAUCCUCACAGAACAAGGAGUUUGAUCCUCUUGGCCCUCUGCCACAUGGAUGGGAGAAGAGAACUGACAGCAAUGGCAGAGUGUAUUUUGUCAAUCAUAACACAAGAAUCACUCAAUGGGAAGAUCCCAGGAGCCAGGGCCAGUUAAAUGAGAAACCCUUACCAGAGGGCUGGGAAAUGCGAUUCACUGUGGAUGGAAUUCCCUACUUUGUGGAUCACAACAGAAGAACCACCACAUACAUAGACCCUCGAACGGGCAAGUCUGCUUUAGACAAUGGCCCCCAGAUAGCUUACGUGAGGGAUUUCAAGGCCAAGGUCCAUUAUUUCAGGUUCUGGUGUCAGCAACUGGCAAUGCCACAGCACAUAAAGAUCACUGUGAGCAGGAAAACAUUGUUUGAGGACUCAUUUCAGCAGAUAAUGAGCUUCAGCCCUCAGGACCUGCGGAGACGUUUGUGGGUUAUUUUCCCUGGCGAAGAAGGCUUAGAUUAUGGAGGUGUUGCAAGGGAAUGGUUCUUUCUAUUGUCACACGAAGUUUUGAACCCCAUGUAUUGCCUGUUUGAAUAUGCAGGGAAAGAUAACUACUGCUUACAGAUAAACCCAGCCUCCUAUAUCAACCCUGACCACCUCAAGUACUUCAGAUUCAUCGGCAGGUUCAUUGCCAUGGCUUUGUUCCAUGGCAAAUUCAUUGACACUGGAUUCUCUCUCCCAUUCUACAAACGUAUCCUAAACAAGGCAGUAGGACUCAAGGAUCUGGAAUCUGUUGAUCCAGAGUUUUACAACUCACUCAUCUGGGUAAAAGAGAAUGACAUUGAAGAAUGUGGCUUGGAAAUGUUUUUCUCUGUUGAUAAAGAGAUUCUAGGUGAGAUCAAAAGCCAUGAUUUGAAGCCAAAUGGUAGCAACAUUCUGGUCACAGAAGAAAACAAAGAAGACUACAUCAGACUGGUAGCAGAGUGGAGACUGUCACGAGGUGUGGAGGAACAGACACAAGCUUUCUUUGAAGGCUUCAAUGAAAUUCUGCCCCAACAAUAUUUGCAGUAUUUUGAUGCCAAGGAACUGGAGGUGCUUCUCUGUGGAAUGCAAGAAAUUGACCUGAAUGACUGGCAGAGACACACCAUCUACAGACACUACACCAGGACCAGCAGGCAGAUCGUGUGGUUCUGGCAGUUUGUGAAAGAAAUAGAUAAUGAGAAGAGAAUGAGACUCUUGCAGUUUGUGACUGGAACAUGCAGAUUGCCAGUGGGAGGAUUUGCUGACCUCAUGGGGAGCAAUGGACCCCAAAAAUUUUGCAUUGAAAAAGUUGGAAAGGAAAACUGGUUACCUAGAAGUCACACUUGUUUCAAUCGCUUAGACCUUCCGCCAUACAAGAAUUAUGAGCAGCUGAAGGAAAAGCUGUUGUUUGCAAUUGAAGAAACAGAAGGAUUUGGGCAAGAGUAGCUCAAAUUUGCACCUUGAAGAAUGUGAACUCAACACGGUGUAUGUUCUUC